AUGCCUGCAAUCAUCGAACCCCAGGAACGUGACUCAACCUUCUAUGAUUCGCCGUACCUCGCAGAACACUAUGAUAUUUUCUGUGAAAAGUAUCUGACCGAACAACUCAAGGAUGUGCCUGUAUACUGGGCACAGCUCCAAAAAAUCCAAUCAUCUGCCCCCGAGCAACCCUUCGUUGUCCUCGAUGUGGGAACAGGAACCGGAAGAAUCUUGCAUGGCCUAGCCUCACACGCAGCCCAAGAAAACCACGACCUUUCCUCUGCCCAGUUCAUCGGCCUGGAACCAUCGCAAGAUAUGCUUGACCGAGCGGCUAAACACAGCCAGAUGGAGCACAUCGGCCGCGUUGCCUGGGAACAGGGGACGGCCCUGGACCUUAUCAGUGUGCCAUCGCUGGACGGAGGUGCCAACAAGGUCAGCAUGCUCAUGUGGGCUGUCGGCAGCAUCAGUCACCUCCAUGAGCCGGAGCAACCGGCCCAGUUCCUUGACCAAGUGUCCAAGGUUCUCGUGCCGGGCACGGGCCGAAUCUCAAGGACGCAGCGAUUGCGCCCUGGAAAAACCCCCCCGCGCCUCGCUAGCCGAACCUUCCCCGAUAUUGUCUAUCAGACAACGCAACUGGAGACUAAGACUGUAGGCCACGUUCAACACGAUGAUCGCGAGGUUCUGGUUAUCAAAACCCUGCCUGAUGGAACUGAGGAGGUUGUGGAGAAGAAUUUGGUGCAGUUUAAGGGAAGAUUGUGGAAGGAAAACGAGUUGGUUGAUACGGCGAAGAAAGCGGGUUUGCAAUUGGUGGACGUUGUUACUGCUGAGCGUGAGGCUUUCUAUAUCUUUGAGUUGCCCGCAUAA